CAUUUUACUUGUAUCGUGUCUGGGAAGGGACUAUGAUACGGAGGUCGAGUUUACAUUCUACAAAAACAACGAAAUCUCAGAGAUGAGCGGAACUUUACACAGCACGGAUGGUCUUCGGCUCACGGAGAAAUUUACAACAACAGCUGGAAGUGUUCUAACAUCCGACUAUAUCUACGAAUAUGACGAGUAUAUGUACCCAGGAUAUCCAUUUGAACGGCCGUUCUACUUGUUCAUUUGGGAGAUUCUAGUCAUCAUAACAUUCAUUUUGAACUUCAUCGUGUUAUCUGUAUUUAUCCGAAUGAAAAUGCUCAGUCCAACGAUGCUAAUACUAUCUGCCAUCGCUAUUUCGGAUUCUCUGACCGGGCUCGUUACCUUGCCGGCAUAUAUCCUGGUUUUCCAAGAACACGAGUCCGCACUUACCCCAGAAACAUUAAUGUCUUAUGACAUUCACUAUGAUCAGUUUGAUGGGCAUGAUAAUCAAGCGGAGAUAAAAGAUACAGAAAUGACUGACUUUGUCACACUCACUAUAGCAAAUACAACGCAAUAUUACGAAACAUAUAAUAUGGCUCCUAUUGAAGGUUAUACACUGUCGAAAAAUCUUUGCCGUUGCUUUAUGGUCACAAAGUUUUUCUUGUCCAGCUCAUUUCAUACUAUAUCAAUGUAUUUGACGCUUUUCCUUGGAAUACAAAGGUACAGUUCAAUAGCUAACCCGUUUACAACCGAGAUGACUUUCAGUUUUAAAAGAACGGUGAUUUAUUGCGUGGUGAUAUUUGUGCUUACACCGGCAUUGCACUCGUACCAUUUAUUUGGAGAGAGAGCCACGAACGGCAUGUGCCAAUGGGAAAUGACCGAUACCCAAUGUAGCGCAGAUUGUAUCUAUCUAUGGGCAGCGUUCGUUAUUCGGCAUUUCAUACCAUGCUUAGCGCUUAUUUUAUUUACUGUCAUGUUUAUAUGCAAAUUACGAAAAGAAGGACGACAGUUCGUGAAAAUGUCAAGUUGCAGGAAGCAAAUUAUGACAAGAAUAAAAGACAAUCGACGUAUAUCUUUUGUCGUCACAGCAAUUGUGAUUUGUCGGCUGCUACCAGAAAUCCCGUAUUGCAUCUUCCUACUUUAUAACGGAAUAGAUAAAUCUGUUAACAACGGAAAGAACAUUGACUUAAAAACGAACAGAAUGUUUCAUAUGUCAUAUGAAUUAGCACUGAUGAUUUCGUUCCAGUGCAACUUUUACAUUUAUGUGAUUUUUAAUAGGAACUUUCGUACUUGUCUUUUCGAAAAAUGCAAAACGUGUACGAAAGGUGGGUGUGAAAGUCGUCUGAAACAAGAGGACAAGCAUUGUGGGCGUUUUUCUGACACAGCCUUGAUGAGUAUGGCGGAUAGAGAUUGAUGAGAGCGUCAGAUUUUAAACGAACCAAUGAAACAACAAUCCAUAUAUAGCUGGAUGAAUAUUGACCAAUCACAGACUUGCAAUACUAAAAGGCUUCCGCGCAUUUCUGGACGCUUCGGCAUUGUUACUUGUAUCUAGUUAAGUCAUGACUUAUGAAUGCGUGCUUCAUGUAAAUAAAUAUGUAAAUAUAAAUGACAGGCUUACUUCUGAAGCUAGAUCUGUGUAUUUAUUUUAAACAAUAAAGGCUACUGCAGUCUUGGUAACUAAAAACAAAAGGGUCGUUGUGGCCCUGGAUCGCUCACUAGAGAAACAUUGCUCAUUGAAAAUGUUUCAAUUCAUCAAUUUAAAAAAUAACCAAGAGCCACCACUAGGAGGUGCAACACUCGACUUUUUUGCCUUUUCUAAAAACAAUAAAUAAAAGGUUUUAACAAAUCUUUAAAAAAAGGUCAUCUGAUUUCAAAGUUCAAAGUAGGUUACCUAUCAAAAUCUAGGUAAGCUGAUAAAAACAAAGUUCUAUACUACAUCCAAAACAGUGCACAUAAUCCAAAUCUCUAAAUAAGAGAAUUUCAUUAAUUUGACCUUUACGCCCAGUGUCAAUUAAAGGUCAAAGUAACAUCUGAAUUAUUCAAUAUGUUUGUUUGGAAAAUGGUUUUGUCCAAGUAUAAAUCAAAUAUGUCCAUAAAUACCAAAAUUAUGACAAUAUAACCAAAAUUUCAAUA